AUGGAUACCAGACUCAACAAUACUGGCAAGAUAGUGGAGGAUAGGUAUUUUCCAUUUGGUAUUGUUUUCCUGGUGGCUGGAAAGAUCCUGGAAAUGAGUGAUCCCUCAGCCAUGGGGAAGAAGCUCGGUUUCUAUGCCAUCACUGUGGUGUUUGGUUUGGUGCUGCACGGCUUGUUUAUCCUGCCUGCUAUGUACUUCUUCAUCACCAAAAAGAGUCCCAUUGUUUACAUACGGGGAAUCCUGCAAGCCCUGCUCAUUGCACUGGCAACCUCCUCCAGCUCAGCCACUUUGCCUAUAACCUUCAAGUGCCUCUUAGAGAACAAUCACAUUGACCGUCGCAUCAUCCGUUUCGUGCUACCCGUGGGUGCAACCAUCAAUAUGGACGGCACCGCUCUCUAUGAGGCUGUUGCAGCAAUAUUCAUUGCACAAGUUAAUAAUUAUGAGCUGGACUUCGGUCAGAUCAUCACCAUCAGCAUCACUGCUACUGCAGCCAGCAUAGGUGCAGCAGGAAUACCACAAGCUGGGCUGGUCACCAUGGUGAUAGUGCUAACAUCUGUUGGUCUGCCAACUGACGACAUCACUCUCAUCAUUGCAGUAGACUGGGCAUUAGACAGAUUUCGCACCAUGGUCAAUGUAAUGGGGGAUGCUUUGGCCACAGGCAUCAUGGCACACAUCUGCAGAAAAGACUUCAUGAAAGAGGGAGAUGGGGUACCUUUGAUCUGUGAGACCAAAACAGCAAUGAGCACCCCUCCUGUGAUGAACUGCCACACCAACAAUGGCAACUGCCGACCCCCUCCUUUAGGGGUCAAACACCAGUUCAUCCCUCCUGAAGUGGCUCAACUCAUACAACUGGAGGAGGGCGUUCGGCCGCUUUCAGACAGGAAGAAACCUCCAAUUCCUCCGAGACAUCUGAAGAAGAGCAAAGAACACUGCACUAUAGAUAUGAAUGGCCUUGAGACCAAUGUAUAGCCUCCUCUUGCAGUUUGAAUGGUUCUCUGUAAGUUAUGCUGAAAGGAGCGCAGCAGCAAAGGACACCCGUGCAGGCAGAAGGACAAUACAGAUGAGCUCAUCUAGUUCCACAAAAACCUUUUAAAGCAAAGCAGUUGCAAAAGACUCCACAAUAGCGCAUUUACACUGGAAUUUAUGGCAACACAAGGACAAUGAUAAGAUUUCUAUUAUAAAAUUUGUCCUUGGUCCUGUACCUGCUAUUGCUUGCA